ACUUCUCUUGAGGCUUGAGGGACAUCUGGUGUGUCUACUUCUGACCUUGGCUCCAGGUCCUUGAAGGGCACUGAGAGCUAGUUAUCUCCGAGGAUGGGAGGCAGGACCACGUGUCUGCUCCCGGCUCUGCUCCUUCUCAUCAUCCCAGGCUCAUCUGCCAUCUCGGGUCCCAGAGCAGUGAGAGGUGUGGAGCAGGCAUCACUGACCGUGCGGUGUCGAUACGGCCCUGGGUAUGAGUCCUACGUGAAGUGGUGGUGCCGGGGGGCCGCCUGGGGCCCCUGUCGGAUCAUCGUUGAAACCACUGGAUCAGAGAAGGAGGUGAAGAAGGGCCGCGUGUCCAUCAGGGACAACUGGAAAGACCGCUCGUUCACCGUGACCAUGGAGAAGCUCAGGCUAGGCGAUUCAGACACUUACUGGUGUGGGAUUGAGAGAUUUGGAACUGACCUGGGGAACCGAGUAGAAGUGACCAUUGACCGAGAGUCGACCUCCACGUCUGCCACCCUCAAUGCCAACAUGUUCACGGCACCUGUUGCCCCAGAAGGGCACCCGCCCCUGCUGGGCAGCGUCCACUUCCUGCUCCUGGUCUUCCUGAAGGUGCCCCUGCUCCUGGGCCUGCUGGGUGCCGUCCUCUGGGUCAACACGCCUCUGAGGAGCUCUGGGGGGAAGCCCCAGGAAAACGAGUAGCCCCCAUGCUCUUCAACAUUGUCCAGAGAGAAAGACCCUCAAAGAGAAGAAAAAGGCAUUUUUUCAGGCAAUGAUGGUGGUCAGCAGUGACUGUGGUUCUCCAGGCAGCGUGGCUCCCCUGCCUCAAGAAUUGGUCCCCUCGUCCCUGGAAACCUGCUGCUGUGAUGCUCGGGCCUGGGUCCAGUUUCGCCCUUCCCUGCACAGCCUCUGACCUUCUUCGUCCUGAGGCCUCCAACACAGGAGAAACUACAGGAAGGAAUGGAAGAGCAGAUGCCUUUCUUCUGGGCCCUGUUCCUUGGAGGACAUACAUGAUCUCAAGUCUGUGCCGCACAUAAUGUAAUACACUUGUCUUUGCAUUGUAUGCGGGGCAGGGCUUCAGCCAGUCGGGGCUUUGAGAUUCUCUGUGUGUGUGCUGGAUCGUGUCCGACUCUUUGUGACCCUAUGGACUCUAGCCCACAAGGCUCCUCUGUCCAUGGGAUUCUCCAGACAAGAAUACUGCAGUGGGUUGUUGCCGGGAGCCGUUAUGGGGGGUCCCGCCUGUGAUGAGGUCAUGAAGAAAAUACCGGGCAGGCAAGGCCGCCCGGGACCCCAUCCAGGACGAGGUGACGAGGAAAGAACCUGACAGGCAAGGCCGUCUAGGAUAAGGGACCCUCCAGGUUGGCCUCGGCCUCUACCCUACCCUGUAUCUUCCCCCCUUUUCUGCUGUUGUUCUUCUUUGCCCUGUUGCAGAUUCUUGUGUUGCCUGCCGAGAGCUCUCCUGCUCCUCUUUCACUGAAUGAGGACCAACUUAAAACCCUAAUUAAUAAAUCUCCUGGAUGCUGCUGCCCUAUGAAGGGGCCAGAGAUGAAGGAAAUGCUUCCAUCAAACAUUUUGCUGGCAUUCUGGCUUGUUUGAUAAAUGUGUGAUCUCAUUGCACAAAAUGCUCUUGAUUGUUCUAAACAUCCUAAGCACAGCACGCUAACAAAAGCGUAUUUGUGAGAAAAGCUCCACAAAUAUGACAGCCACAAACGUGCCUAACAGAAAAUACUUUAGAUAGAGAUUAGCUGGCGACUUCUUGCAGGUGGUUAACUUUUAGACUAAGAGCCUGUCUUGUGCCAUAUCUGCUGUUUCUGCAGUCCUUCGCAUUUCUGUUCUGUAAAAAUGUAAUCCUAUCUAGUUCCCAUAGAGAUGACGCUUAUUAGAAAGAAAAUAGAUUAAUUAUAAGAAAAACAGGAUCGGCUACUGAAGUUGCUUAAGUCACACCAGGUGCAAGCCAUAAAAUGUUAGCAGGCCUGAAGGCCAAAUGAUAAGAAAGACUCUUUUGAAUGAAAAAGUAAGUGGGUGACAUCCAGUUUCUGUUGAAGGUCAAGUUGCUGUAAUGUUUUGAGAUGCCCUGUGUGUGAGCAACAUGCACUUCCCCCAAAGAUGUCGUUAAGGGUAUAAAGGGGCUGUGCAAAAAUAAACUUCAGACUUAGCCCCGA